GGCACUGACUGGCAUCACUGCUGGGCACUGACUGGCGGCACUGACUGGCACAACCCCUGGGCACUGACUGGUGGCACUGACUGGCAGCACUGCUGGGCUGCACUGGUGGGUGACACUGGUGGGCAGCACAGGUGGGUGGGCACAGGUGGGUGGCACUGGUGGGCACAGGUGGGUGGGCACAGGUGGGUGGCACUGCUGGGCACAGGUAGGUGGCAUUUCUGGGCACAGGUAGGUGGCACUGCAGAGUGGCACAGGUGGGUGCACUGCUGGGCACAGGUGGGUGCACUGCUGGGCACAGGUGGGCGGAGCUUGCGGGUGGCACUGCUG